GGGGGUCGGGCAAUAGCCACACAAUGGUGGGCUUUAUGGGCGGGUACGGCCGACGGUCCCCGUCCUUUUCGGGGCCCUCCGCCCCGAGACAUUUAGGCUCGCUGAAUGUUAAGCAUGGUCACAUUCUCAACGUGUGUGUCCUUUUGUGCUGACUGUGUCUGCCGUCUUCCUCCACAGAUCGAGAAUGUGGACGCCUGCCUCAGUUUCCUGGACGCCAGAGGAGUGAACGUGCAAGGGCUCUCGGCUGAAGAGAUCAGGAAUGGCAACCUGAAGAGCAUCCUGGGCCUCUUCUUCAUCCUGUCGCGCUACAAGCAGCAGCAGCAGCAGCAACAGCAGUACUACCAGUCCCUGGUGGAGCUCAGCCAGCAGACCAGCAGCAGCGCGCCGUCCGCCGGCAGCCUCAAGACGCAGGAGAUGCAGUCCAGUCUCACAGCGCGAUAUGCAAGUCCUCCAGGCCACAGUGGAAUAGGGUCCCCACAGAAGAAAAACACAAGGUUGCCAGGCCCCUCCAGAGUACCUGCUGCAGGCAGCGGGGCCUCCAGGAGCCCGGGCUCGUCCAACCUCAACCGCCGAAGCCAGAGCUUCAACAGCAUCGACAAGAGCAAGCCCCUCCAGUAUGCCAGCGGCAACGACAGAGGUGAGGGCGGCGUGCUGCCGAUCGUGUUAGAAAGCUGCAGCUCGGUAGGAGCAGAUGGUAGGACGGAGCGCCCAUUUUCACAUUCUUCAUCCUGGCCACUUGGUGGCACCACUGGCUCAGACAGGCGAGGCUGCAGAAAGGCCCUCACUCUACCAGUCCUCACCAGUCUGCUGAAUCAUCCCCAGUUCUUCAUUCCAAGAGAGUUAUAAUGGACGCCGCUGAGUGGAGGCAGCGGCACAUUUUCCCAGCAUGGAAAGAGCCAUUUGAGGGCCGACCGAAAGGGGCAAAUUCAGACAGCUGCUCUGCCGAGCGCGACGAAGCUAAUCAGAGUGAUUAUGUUUUCGAGAGAAGGGUCUCACAGUGGAGCUAGAGUGUGCGGUAGUUUAUUUAAUGUCAAACUGGUUAUUCACAAAUAAAUAGUUGCCUUUACAGCCUUUCUGUUCAAAAGUAAAUAAGCUGCUCGUAAAGGCUUUAAUUACAUUGACAUUGGCUCACUAACUGUACUGCUAAUAGCUUUAAGAUUUCAUUUUGGCUCAUUCAGAAGAUUCAUCAUGACUCACUGGCUCAUAGAGUGAUGAUGAAUAAAAUCGAUCCCACUGCUCAGUCAUUUUAAUAAUUAAAACCAGUCCCGGCGGGUUUAUGACAUUAUAAUAACAAACUUUUUGCUUUGGCUCGAAAUGUAUGUAAUCAUGAAAUGAUGAGAUCACUGUAGGAUUCAGUCUGUAGAGUCGGGAGAGGAUCAGCAGGAGAAGGUGGUGGAGGUGGAGGAGGAGAGCUUUUCUCUUUUUGAUUCCAUCUUUCUCACCUGCCGUCAGAUCCUAAAAGUCCACGCAGGAUGUGCACUCACCCUCACGACUUCUGUCUGAAACUUCAAACUCGUCAACGGAAGGAAGAGGGAGGGCAUGGUGAGAGGUGAUGAAGGUCACAAGGUGCACAGGGAGCAUGUGCAAAAAGUGUUUGGAGCUGAAAAGAGAGCAAAGUGUAAAUGAUGAAGGAACUCUCAUUUGCUUUCAUUUAAAAAUCAAUUAAAAAUCAAUUAUUUGUUUGGGUUUCUCCUUCAGCAAACACAAUUACAAAUGAUUCAGUCGAUCGGUUUCGGAAGGGUCUUCUUGAGUUUGUAGUUGCAUUUCCCGCUUUCACAUUCCCUUUAGUUUUACAUCCUUUGAUUUUGUUUUCUUUCAAGUUUUUAAUAUACAAAUACAUUAUUCAGAUAUGAUCAGACAAAGGUUCUGAUAAAACACAAACAUCAUCUGAAUUGUGCAGACCUGGUGAUCUCAGAUCAGUGCAUCAUGAUCGGAUAGUGAAGCCUGGCUAAAGUUAGGCAUCAUCUCAACAGUGAAUACAAAAUAGCUUCGAGAGCUUUCCCCAUUUUUGUCAAAAGCCUGAUCAUGUUUAUUCAUCUGGACCACAUCCUCAUUACAUCCAGUUUUAGAAUGAACAUAAUAUGCAGUUGAUCCAAAUGCUAUUUUAAUUUCUACUGGGCCUAUUCAUUUCCACUGGAUGUUAUGCUUAUAGCUGUUAUUUUGACUCAGUUGAGUCUUUUUGUUUUCAGUUCUAAUAAAAAUAUAGUCAUAUUUCUGUAUUUUGGCAGCUAAGCACCUACAUACGCGGAGUAAAAAUGGCCGUAGAAACCAGUUAUAGUAUGAAAAUACACCAAUUUUUACAGAUGAGGGCAUUAGUUUUGUGUUACACCCCUAACAGUGGCUGAUCGCCCAGGAAAAGGGGCUACAUGGGUGAAAGUCAUAUUUUUGUUUACUUGUUUCUAUAACUAUUUAUAUGUAAGGCAUGUCUGGCCUCAUGGGGGAUGAAGAAAUGCGUUUCUCUGCAUACACAGCGUUGCUCUGACCAAAUAGAACAACAGCUCAAAGGGCACGAAGAGCGCUGCGUCACCCUUGCUGCCGUGCAACUAUUUAAUUAGCUUCAGCCAACUAAAUUGAAGCUUCGAAAGGGCAUGCCCGUGAUAUUGGACCAAAGAAAGUUGGUGUUUGGUCUGCUUGUUGUUCGGAAUCGGGAUGAGGAGGCCAUUUUGAAACUCGGAGAAGGUGGAGAAGCUGCUGUGUUAUCUGUCUGACAGUGAUGUUAUAGGGGGAGCAGCUGGAGUUGAGAAGCGUUAGAUAAGAGUGAUAAAAAGAAGCAGAGGUUUGGAAGAGUACACACACGUCACUGCUGCAACACGUGCUGCAGGUUUUGACCGAUCCAUGCAUCUGUGUGCAUGUAUGUGUGUGAAUGUGUCAUUCCAAACAUGGGUGGUAUCACUUGAAUCCAGGCGUUCAAUUUCGUGGGCAGACCAGGAGAAAUGACAUUUCAUUUCUCGGCCGCUGAGGCAAAAAAAACCAAAAAAAACAAGACAAGAGGAGUCUGUUGCCAUGGCAACGACAAGUCACUGCACGGUGAAAAGUGUGGCGCUGCAAAACCGCCUCCGGGGUGGUGAUGGAGGAAGCGAAAGGGUGGGGGGGAUCUCUAAAGACGGGGUUAAUUGACUGGACACGCAAACAGAGAUACGCCCACACACACACACACACACACACGGAGUCACGCAGAUGUUUGUUACCCCCUUCCGUUCACAUUUAACAGCUGCCCUGAGGGCCGCUGCACUAUCUCUAAAGAUGAAGGGUAACAGAGAGGACACAGACAAACACAGAAACACAAGCAUGGAUGCUGUCUCAUCCAUGUAUAUCAGCUGACUGUCUAGACACACACACACACACAGAAAGACGUGCACAAUAAGUGUUUCUUGUCUUUAUGCCAGCUGAUUUUCCAUCACAUUAGCACAUCUGGUCAGGAUUCCUUGGCGUCGGUGUUUAGGUCAGGGGUCGGUAACCUUUACCAUCCAAAGAGCCAUUUUGCCCUAUUUUUCACCAAAUCAAAUUUGUCUGAAGCUAUUUGAUAUCACAGCUUAUAAAGUUGUAUAUAUAGUUAUAUUAUAUAUACAAAAACUA